AUGGAAGACAGCACACACACCACAGAUCCUCAACACUCCUCAGAAGCCGAACACCAAGAAUGGUCCGACUCGGAGAACGAAGAGAUGUGGAUGGAAGACCCGACCCCUGAGGAUGAGGAACACGACAGGAACUGGAAGCUUUUGGAAGAAGCGUCCACGAGUAUGAAUGAGGUUACGGAGAGACUAUCACUUGUCGGCCUUGCAGGCCUGUGGGAACAACUCCUCCCAACAUACUCCCAUUGGUUCGCAGGACUGCCCAAAGCCACAUACAAAAGCCAUGGUGAGAAGAUGGUGGGAAAAGACCUAGAAAGCCGUCUGGUGGAGGCAGAAGCUAAUGUCUCCAACCUCGCUUCAACUAACGCUUACCUAUCCAAUCGCUUGAAAUCCUUAGAAUCCAAGGUGUCCACGGCCCAAACCCAACCUCUGCCAGAGAGGGACCCGGAUACCGUAGCGAAACCAAUGGUGGCCCCGACCGAGUCUUGGGUGAGCGUAGCAGCAAAGAAUCCACCGAAACCGCAACCCAGACAGGCAACAGCAAAGAAACAGACAGUGAAACCGCCAGACCAAGCCCACGAAACAGCCACACAGGGAACGGAACACAAACAGAUGGCAGACC